AUGAAAAAUUAUUAUACAUUUGCAAAAUUAUUUGCAUAAAUUGGAGAAGGUAGAUUAUUACAAAAUCCUAUCAACAGUAGAAUUCAAGCAAAAAAAGUAUUUUUAUAUUAUUCCAAUCCUCUUCCAUCAAAUGAAAUUGAAAAUUUGCUCAAAAGUUUACAUUACUUCGUUCCAAAUGAAGUAAUUCAAAUAAUGAAAAAAUCUCAUAAAUUCAAAUAAGUAUUUGGCAAAUAAGAGUUUACAUAAUAUUUUAAGCGUCAAAGUUUGGAUUCAAUUCAAAAAGCAGAUUUAAUUUUAUUGUGUUAUAAAUUAAAUCUCGAAGACGAUUUAUGGAUGAAAUGUUUGACAAUGAAAGUUGAUGAAUUGGCACCCUAUUAUUUAAGUGAAACUAUGUGGGCGCUGAAGAAUAAAUCAUUUGAAUUAUCCGAAAAUUAAGAAUAGAGCAAAAAAUUAUAACAAGAAAUAAUAUCUAUUCUCCCAUCUAGAUUGAAUUAAUUUGAUUUUUAUAGUCUUAGUCUAAUGUUACAGAGUCUAACAAAGUUCCAUGAUGUUGAUUGGGAUGAUUUGGCUAAGGCAUUUUUAAAGCUUCUCAAGAACAGUGACCAUUUUUCAUUAUGUUAUGGUUUAUAUGCAUUAGCAAAGUAAAGGUCAAGACUUUCCAUAACAAUGAAUGACUGGAAUCUAAUUCAAAUAGUACAAAAUGAAAUGAGGAACUUUUCUUAAAAUGAUCUAUUAUUAGUUUUAUGGGCUUUGUAGAAAUUAAAUUUAGGAACAUAAGAUUUUUGGAAUCAUGCAUUUACUAUUUUACAAACAUAAAGAUUGCAGACACUUUAAUCAAUUGCUAUUCAAUCUUAAAUUCUAUCUUAAUUAUUCAGAGUGGAUGAAUUAUCAUGGAAUCAAAUAGAAAAAUAAGCGAUUUCUUUAUUGAAAUCGGAUGAGAAAUCUUUGGUGACUUUAUUUUAAACAUUCUCUAUCAACAAUAAAGGUAGUUAAUAGUUUUGGGAUAAGAUUUGUAUUCAGAUAUUGAAAGAUAUAAAAACAUUCUAAUUGGAAUCUUUAAUUAAAUUAGCUUCACAUUCAGAUAUACCUUAAUUAAGUAAGGAUAUCCCUUUAGAUUGGACUCAAUUAAAAAUUUCAUAAAGAUGUUUAAUUUUUAAUAAAUUUGCAAGGAUUGGUUUGUAGAUAGAAGAUAAAUAUCAAUAUAUAUUAGAAUAGAUUGAUUCAGUUGUUGGAAAAGACCUAGUUUUAGUAUUAUAUACAAUUUUUAGAUAUUCCCCAAAAUUAAAUAAGGAGCCAAUUUUGAAUUAAUUACUAAAUUCAAUAGAUAAGUUAAAUUUAAUAGAUAUUGAAUAAUUGUUAGAUUUGAAAGAAAUUCCUUAGGAAAUUAAUGCAAAACUUUAGCAAUUACAUGAAAAUUAAAAGAAAAAGUGA